AUGGUAUCUGAAAGCGUCAAUUACAUUAAUUCACUGAAACUACAGGUGAAACCAUCUUCAGAUGAUAUCAUAACAGUUCUCGAGAAUGGUAAAAAAUACACAGUCAAUAUGGUCAAGAGAACAUCAUUUCUAGCCGACAAGAAGAUUGAACCUUAUGCGUACUGUUCAAGAUACUAUACAAAUGCAGCUAUGUUAGCGACAUAUUCUGAAACCGUAUAUCCAUUGGAGAAGGAAGAAGAAUGGAUUAUUCCAGAACAUAUCAAGAACAUGAUUGUCUUACCACCCCAACAUAGAACAAGAACUGGAAGGCCUAAAAAGAGUAGGUACACGUCAAAGUGGGAAAAUCCGAAAAAAGGGAAAUGUGGAAAAUGCGGACAAGCUGGACAUAAUAGGAAAACAUGCCGAAACAUGCCUAAAGCUACCUAG